UCUCUUGCCACCACCUCUUUACACGACUGCGAUACCCCUCUUAUGCCUCAAACAUCCACUCGUCCCAUCCCUUCCGCGAAGCGCAAGGCGCAGGUCGAUUCCGACCCACCUACGCCAGCUAAAAAGGCUAAAAUGACUGCGCGGAAAAGCACUGGCGGCAAAGCUCCUCGGAAGUCGAAUGCCAGUGACGCUGCUGAAGCUCCUCGUAAGAAACGCUUUCGUCCGGGCACUGUGGCAUUGCGUGAAAUCCGCAAGUACCAAAAGUCUACGGAUUUGCUUCUCAGGAAGCUCCCUUUCGCUCGUCUCGUUCGUGAAAUCGCGUCAGAAAUGACCACGGAUUACAACGGUCACUUCACCGACCUCCGAUGGCAAAGUACCGCGUUAUUAGCGUUGCAAGAAGCCACAGAGGCCUAUCUUGUCCAUUUAUUUGAGGACGCCAAUCUCUGUGCCAUCCACGCCAAAAGGGUUACACUCAUGCAACGCGACAUCCAGCUUGCUCGAAGAAUUCGCGGUACUUGGGAUCGAAUGGGUUAA